AUGGGAUCAAAUCAAGUUAAAAUUGAUGAUUAUGUCUAUGAAUCAAUAGCAAAAUGUACACAAUUAAAAAGUGAUGAUAUAAAUUUAUGGCAAGAACGUUUUACUCAACAAUGUACUCCAGGUUCCACAACAAUGAAUAAAGAACAGUUUUGCAAAUUUUAUCAAGAACUUCGACCAAAUGAAAAUGUUAAACGUUUAAGUGAAAAUAUUUUUCGUGCAUUUGAUUCAAACGGUGAUCAUGGGAUAAGUUUUUCUGAAUUUCUUAUUGCAUAUGUUUCUACAACUGAAGCACCAUUAGAAGAUAAACUUCGUUAUGCAUUUAAUGUUUACGAUAUAGAUCGAAAUAGUUCAAUUGAUCGAGCUGAAAUUUUAUUUAUUUUACAUGCAAUGUUUGAAUUAUUAGGUAUGAGUGAUGAUACAUCACGAAAAUUUUCAUAUGAUCAAUGUGCUGAUACAAUCAUGAAAAAUCUUGAUGUCAAUGAAGAUCAACGUAUAUCAAAAGAAGAAUUUAUUCAAGGUUUAAAACAAGAUCCAUUUUUACAAAGCCUUAUGAAUCCAUUUCAACAUGUUUAA